AUGGCUAUUGCGUAUCCCAAAGAAUUCGACACCCUUACACUUGACCCGCCCCAGUUCCGGUCUGUGCUUGUGGAAUGGGACGUGGACGGGCCGCGGCUCGCGUGUGCGCGCACAGACCGCUCGAUCAAGGUCUCGCGAGUGGACCAUGUCAAGCAGAAGCUCGAGGACUCCAUAGUGAUUGGGGCCGCACACGAGCACCCGGUGGUGUGUUUGGCGUGGGAUCCGCGCAAGAACGGCCGGCUGGUAUCGCUCUCACAGGACGCCACGCUUAAAGUCUGGGAAAUCAAGGCCAGAACACACAAACUGGUGAGAUCUAUAAAAUUGGCAUGUGCUGCUCCAACCAGAGCCCGGUUUUCGCCCAACGGCCGGUUUCUUGCCGUCACAGACUCGCUCUCGUGGCUCAUGGUGCUGGACUCGGCCAGUCUCCAGCUGGACACCGCCAUCUCGAUCCGCAUCAGCACCCAGAUCUGCGACCUGGACUGGGACUCGGCCUCCCAGACACUCGUUCUGGCGCUCGCGAGCGGCCACGUCCAGCUGUUCCGACUACAACGCUCGAACGGGCUCUACAAGAUCGAGCUCGUGCAGUCGCUGGCGCUGUCGAGCUCGCAGGUCACCUCCAUAAAAUACGUUGCUACCAAAAACGAGAUUCUGGCAACCACCCAGGACGGCAACAUACUCACCAUUGACGCCCAGCAGCUCGUUUGCACGGCAUCUACUCAUAACCUUGAUGACUCGCCCACAGACGUCGAUCUGCGUUUGCCGGCGGCCGCGAUUUCGUAUCAUGACAAUAACGUUCGUAUAUUCGAUAUGGACGCGGGCCAGGAGCUGUGCGAGGUGAAGAAUAGCAGGGGCGCACUCGCACACGCCAAAUUCCACCCAGAUACGCGCCAGGUGCUGGCAUUUAUUGACGGCUCCGGCAGGGCUACCGUUCUGGUGCCCAAGAAAAAAACGGGACCAGCCCGUGUUCAACAACGGCCUGCUCCGCCCAGACCCCGUGUGGCUCCAAUGGCCGCAAGACCCCAACGGGGACCCGACCGUUUCGAAAGACCGCCGUCCAAACGCACUAAGUACUAG